AUGUCUGACGUGCUUGGAUACCUCAACGGGGUGCUGCACCGAGUCUCGGCGACGUUCAUGCCGACUGAGAUGGACGAUGUCGCCUCUUUCUUGCGCGGGGAUGCGUGGGUGGUUGCGACAGCGGCUUCUGCGUCAGCCCCGCAGGCAACACAGUCAUCCUCCACAGCAGCGAUUGACUUGUCGCGUGGGGCCUCGAUGCCGACUUCGGUGCGUUACCCUCUUGGUGCUAUAUGCUGGGGCCAUUUCAUUCCGCUCGGCAUUGCAGGCACCGCGCUCGUCUCCGCUGCUACUUCCGGCAGUCGUACUGUGCUCCUGAACUUCUUCGAAAACAGAGGAUUUGCGCAAGUGUUCACCGUGAGCCUCGUACCCACUGAGCAGCAGCAGCAGCAGCAGUCGCAGUUGUGUCCGUCAAUGCCAGGUGCGAUGGGGGGUGCGGGCUCCUCUGGCGGCCCCGCUGUCUCUCGCGAGGGCCACCGUUACGCGGGUCUCUGGCGCACCCAGCAGGCUGCUUCCUCCUCCUCGCUCAGCGGUGCUGGCGAUACGACCGCGUUUCGUAAGCGGACGCGGUCCAAUGCAGCCUCGUCUGCAGUUGUCGACAUAUCGCUGGACAGUCGCUACAGCACCACUGCGGAGGAGGCGCGACACGUGUGCAUGGCUGCCGUGCGCAGCUGGUUCGAGGGGGUAGAAGAGGAGGCUCUGCUAGACUCCAGUGAGCUGAGACAAAGCGAGGAUGGACGUGCCGCUGACGGUGCGCACUACCGGCACGAAAUACAGCUACGGCGCCUGCUCGUAAUAGUGCGGUGCUGUACAGAUAAUCGUGUUGCGUUCUCCACCUGUGGUGGUGCCGCUGGCGCAGCUCAGGCCUCAUCGUCGGGCACAGGUCGUCGGCACCGCCGUGGCGAAGACCCUCUCUACCUCCUGCUGCAUGAGCUCGCCGCCCUCACAACGUUAUACGAGGUACGGCUUUCUGCCACGUGCUCCACAGUGCGCCCUGCAGUGCUGCUGCUGCCAGAGGACGACAGCUACGGUGGGUCCAUGCUGAGGCAGCAGCUCCGGGAAGAGGUUGGACACCGGUAUUGGGUUGAGCUUUUCCCGCAGCCUGAGGGUGCAUCGAGUAGCAGCGCCGCGCGCCAUGGUGGAACUGGCACGGCGGACGCUUACCGAGGGGCAAGGAAAGGUGGUGGGUGGAGAGCAAGGCUGAUCAGCUGUAACAGCAGUGCGAGUGGCGCGCCUGGUGGGUCAGGCAGCGUCUUGCGACAACGACAGCAUGAGCAGAAUGAGACGCCACUCACACGGGCCUUCCGCCUGGCGGCACAGUGGGGUGUUCUGGAACUGCCCUCGGCAAUGUCAAGCGAGCAAAUGAAUGUUGGCGGGGCGGUAAACACGAGCUCUGCAGGGAACUCGUCCCCUUCAAUGAGGGUGGGUAGUGGUGGUGGUGGUGGUGCCGCUGAACAGGCGCCGUCAUCCAUUACAAGCGGCCUCCGAGGUGUGCGGUGCAUGUCUACGCAGCAGCAGGAGGAAGAGCUGCGUAGGCACACAUCGUGCUUUUUCCUGCGGCCCAGCAACGCUCCGCUGUGUGUCUUCUUGAUGGAGGCGCUGCGGCGCUUUCCCGUGCUUGUUCGUCCUGCUGUACUGCAGUACUGGCAAUCCACCUGGACAGCACGCCACUCCUUGGCAGACGUGCUGUUCGCCUUCCACACCGUCCUCUGCCCCUUCGUGAUGUCGGCGUCUUCGGCUGAGGUGACCGGGCACUCUGAGGCGCCGCUGGGGACAAAGGGCAGUUCGUCGUUUCCCGCCUCCGCGAUGCUGCAGGACACGACUGACCUCUUGGAUGCUUUGCUCUCCGCCGCGCUCACGCUGGCAGAGGAGCGCGAUGCUGCACAGCCGCUGUCAGUCAACGAGCUCACUAUCGAGCAAGCAGCCCUUUUCCUUCUUUUCUACGAGGCGCUGGUGCACCAACGAGUGGGUCGUCUGCGUCGUAUUCCCGGCGUCGUGCGCGUCCUCAUCGAUCUAUCGGACCGACACGCCAGCGCCACUGCUGAAAGCGGCGUCUCUGACGCGUCUGCCGCCGGUGUGCCGUGUGCUGGGGCCACGACCGACGCGAAGGUUCGCUGGGCGGUGCACCAUCUUCUCCCGUUUGCGCCACUGAACCGCUUCUCUGAGCGAGUCGCGCAGCUCACGGCUGCCUCACAUACGCGGCGCGACGGUCGGCGUGAAGUGCUGCCGUACCCGAUGGACCCAAUCGCGCUUCCCAUUCGGCGCCUGUCUCUUGCGCCACAACUGCAGCACAGCACGCUGCUUGCACUGAUGCCGCUUGGUGAGUCUCUGUUGGAGCUGCAAGGUGCGGCGGACCGCGUAUGGCGUGAGGAGCUGCCCGCGUACUGGCGGCGUGUCGUCGCAGCCGUGAGCACACGUGACGACGACACCAGAGUACACUCCUUACCUGCAGCGCUGCGGGUGGCCAGGGACGACGCCGGCACCCUCACACCCACUCAACUCAGCGCAACGAACUUUUAUCAUCCUCUGGUACCACACGCUGUCCGAGUCUUGUACGUUCUCACUGCACACGCCCUGCGCGCACCGACCGAAGCGGCGAAGCAAGCUCCGAUUGUGCAGCUGCAGCUGAUCUGCCAGUUAUCUGACGAGCAGCUGCUCCUCGUGCUCAAGGAGCUGCAAGUCGCAGGCCUGGCGAGUACAAACCUGAAGACGAAGACGGCACGAACGCUGCUUGACACGAUGUGA